CAGCUCUGCAAUGCUUUCCGAACACAAGAUAUGGAGAUCGAUCAAUGUUUACUGGAGUCACUUCCUUCAGGACGGAGGCAGCAGCUGGUGAAACGUAUGCGAUGUGAACAAGUAAAGGCUUAUUACGAGCGGGAAAAGCUCCAGCAACAGACUGGAUUCAAACACAAACAAGCAAAGAAGAGAAAUGUCCACUUUAGGUCCACAGACAUGAUAAAGGAGGCCAUUGUAAGACAUGAUGAUAAAGAAGUUCUGAAACUACUAAAGGAUGGAGCUGAUCCCAAUACCUUGAUUUCCUCAGGAGGCUCUCUGCUCCACCUGUGUGCUCGACAUGACAACAUCUUUGCUGCAGAGAUUCUGAUCGAAAAGGGAGUAAACGUGAAUCACCAGGAUGAAGACUUGUGGACCUCGUUACAUGUGGCAUGUGCUUGCGAUAAUCCCGAUUUUGUUCUGCUCCUCAUGCCGGCUGGAAUUAAUGUUUUACUCCAAGAUGUUAAUGGAAAUAUUGCAUUGGAUUAUGCAAUGGAUGGCACGGAAACAAGUUUCAUCCUUCUUGGACAUCUGGAAGAUAAUGGUGUUGAUGUAAACUCCUUACUGCAGAUAAAGAUGCAGCGGCCUUCAAAGAUGUUGGAAGAUGUUAGGAAUCUUGUGGCAUGCAAAGGAAAUGUUGAUCAAAAGAAUGAUGAAGGAGUCACUUUGCUACACAUGGCAUGUGCUAGUGGCUAUAUGGAUGUAUCCACUGUACUUCUGGGGAACAGAGCUGACCCGGAUGUCUAUGAUAACUGCUUCUGGACACCGCUUCAUCUAGCUGCAAAGUAUGGACAGAUUGCUAUCGUAAAGUUGCUUUUGAUACAUCAUGCAAAUCCCAAUCUUCUCAACUGUAAUGCGGAAAGACCCUCAGAUGUGGCCACAGCUGAGUAUCUCGAAGAAAUGUUACUGAAAGCAGAAGAAGACUGGAAGGAAAUGGGAAGACAAUGCACAGCUUGCCUUAAUACUGAAAUCAACGAGGAAGCAAACCAAGAACAUAAUUACAGCACUCCUAUUCCAAUGAAACAAAUCACCCCUCUCGCCCUGCCGAUAGCCAAACAGGACAGCAUGUUGGAAAAAGAUACGUUAUUUAAAGCUGCCUCGAGGAGCUUGUGCAAACAGAAUUCACAAGAGAGACACUGCGCCAAUGUUACGAUGAACGGCACUUGUGGAGUUGAACAGGUGAAGCUGGUUCCUCCUGCUCCAAAUGAUGAUCUGUCCACCUUGAGUGAAUUGACAGAUAGAAGUCUCCUCUAUGAAAUUCAGAAGCGGUUCAGCAAUAAUCAGAUAUAUACACACAUCGGACAUAUUUUGCUGCUGGUAAAUCCAUAUAAGGACCUCCCAAUCUAUUCGACUAUCGUCACUCAGAUUUACCGGAGUAGUACAGGAAAAUUAUGUUCUUCACUGCCCCCCCAUAUAUUCUCAUGCACUGAAAGAGCCCUUCAUGUUAUGUGGCAGGAACAAAAGUCACAGUGCUUCAUCCUAAGUGGCGAGAGUGGAUCAGGGAAGACAGAAGUCUGCAAACACAUUGUAAAGCAUCUGGCACGUCGAGCUGCAGCGACUGAGUGUAUGUUUGAAACAAAGUUUAACCAUGUCAACUGUGUGCUGGAAUCCUUUGGCCAUGCAAAAACCACAUUGAACUUGUCCUCCAGCCGGUAUAUGAAAUGGCUAGAAGUGCAAUUCAACGAAAACAAUAGGACUUUAUCUGGAGCUAGAGUCCACGCCUACUGCUUAGAGAAGUCUCGUCUUGUCUCCCGACCACCAAACCAGUGCAAUUUUAAUAUUUUCUACCAGAUGACUGAUGGCCUGUCAACUGAGGGAAAGUGUGCUUCGUACCUCAGCAAUCCUUUUGCACACAGAUACAUGAACCAAGAUGGACAAGAACCAACAGCAUCCGAGGUAGCAAUAAACACAGACAAGUUUUUUGCUGUGAAGCAAGCCUUGCGCACUCUGGGUUUCAGCAAUCUGGAAAUUGAUAGCCUGUUUCUGAUUCUAUCUGCAAUCUUGCUACUGGGGGACAUCCAGUUUUUGACUCUUACAGAUACUGAAACAGCAUGUGUGUCAGAUGUGCAAUUAUUAGAACAAGUGGCUGGUAUUCUGCAAGUGUCACCUGAUGAGUUCAAUUCAGCUUUAACCUCUGAUAUUCACUAUUCUAAAGGAGAUGUGAUUUUCAGGAGGCACACAGUUGAUGUGGCAAAUUUUUACCGAGACCUUCUGGCAAAGACACUUUAUGGUCGUUUAUUUCACUUCUUGGUGGACCAUAUUAAUUACUACCUCCAAAAUCACAAUAAUAUGGCAAGCAAAUCAACUCUUAACGUUGGGAUAUUGGACACAUUUGGCUUUGAAGAUUUCCAGAAGAAUGGUUAUGAACAGCUUUGUAUUAACAUAACUAAUGAGAAGAUCCAUCAGUACGUACAUGAAACACUUUUUCAACAGCAGCAAAUGGAAAAUAUUCAAGAAGGUACCACUCUGGAACAGGCAAACUUUCUGGACAACCAAAAUGCAAUCUUGGACUUCUUUUUUCAGAAACCUGGUGGCUUACUAUCAAUACUUGAUGAAGAAGGUGAAACUCUUCGAUCAACAGAACAAAGCCUCAGAAAAUGUCUGCAAAUCUAUUUAGAGUCAGCUCAGCCCAACACUGUGUACAAAUCCACAAAGGGUGGAAAUGAAACCAACCCAUCAAAAGAUCAAGCUUUAGCCUUCACAGUCAUGCAUUAUGCAGGGCGGGUAACAUAUAAUUUAACAGGAGCUGCUGAAAAGAACAAAACGUCACUUUCACAAAACCUCCUAAUUGUUAUGAAAGCCAGUGAAAAUGUCCUUAUUCACCAAAUCUUUCAGAGAAAAAGAUCCCAAACUGCUUCUCUAAUACCCUCUCAAGAUCGCAUGAGUUUCAGAGGACCCAAAACAGUGCUGUUGUCUCAGAAUGUGUGCUUUACAUCUCGAACCAAAGGAUUAAAGAAGUUCCUGGAGAUUAACAGCAAGUUCCUGAAGAAGAAGAGAGCAACAACAUUCUUCCCCUGUCUUGAUCACGAUGGGUCCAUAACUUUGGCUGCUCAGCUCAGGAGCUCGAUUUGUGAUAUAAUGGGAGAACUCAAGAAUUCAACACCUCAUUUAGUAUACUGUAUCAAGCCCAACACAUCAGCACAGGCAGACGUAUUUGAUGACUUCUACGUCUCGGCUCAGUUACAGUAUAUUGGUGUUCUGGAGAUAGUGAAGCUGAUUCGUCAUGGAUACCCUGUACGACUAUCUUUCUCCAACUUUCUCGCAAGAUACAAGACUCUGGCUGAAAUAAGCGCAGGGGUUAGAAAGGAGCUUUCUGCCGAGGACAAGUGUCAUCUUAUCCUUCAGCAGUGCAAGUUACAAGGCUGGCAGAUAAACCAGGGGGACGUGCUUAUGAAGUACUGGCAAGCAGAUCACCUUAAUGAUCAGUGCCUUCUCUUGCAGAAGAAAAUUGUCAUCUGCCAAAAAGUUGUCAGAGAAUUUCUAGCCCGCCAGAAAUUGGUGCAGAGGAUGAGCAUCAAGCGAGAGGUCAACUCCAUUGAAAGGUUUUUGCAGCUUGUGGAAGAUAUGGGGCUGAAGGCGUACGAUUCCUUGGUCAUUCAGAACGCGACUGACAUUGCACGCGAAAACGACAGGAUCAGAAAUGAACUCAACACAGUUUACAUGAGGGAAAAGUUAGAGGCACGACACAGCGAUGAGCCUGCCACAAUACGCCUCUUGGGGUGCCGAGCACUGAAGCAUUUCCUCUCCAGCUCGGUGCCGAUACCUACUCUUGCCGAUGGGUUGGCACAUUCUGUGAUUGGAUCAUCUAUCAGAUCACCCUCCCUUCACUCAGUAUUCACUAUGGAUGAUAGCAGUGGCCUGCAGUCACCACGGAAACAACCUCCUCCCAAGCCAAAGAGGGACCCCAAUACGCGGCUGAGUGCUUCAUAUGAGGCUGUGACUGCAUGCAUAUCGCCGGCUUCUAAAGAAGCACCAAAUGAAGUUCUGACAAAACCAAGACCGCACAGUGAUGACUACAGCACAAUGAAAAAAAUUCCACCACCAAAGCCGAAAAGGAGCCCCAACACCAGACUGACUGGUUCCUAUGAAGAGAUUUACGUAAGGAAGCCACCUUCACUUAAGUUCACAUGCUCGAUGUCUAAAGCAGUUCCGAGCACUGGAAUUAUUCAACGUGCCGCAUCUGCUGACGGGCCGCAAUACGGCACGCUGAGUCUCCAUCUGUUGCACAAUGAGGACGUUGAGCCGGUUUAUAUCGAAAUGGGGGGAGCAGCGGGCAAUUACCUGGUCGAGAUGGAGAGUCCCGAUCAAGGAGAGUCUGUUUACGAAGAGAUGAAGUACUGUCUACUGGAAGACAGUCCCUGCUCUUCCUACUUCUUCGACCAUGAGGCGUGUCCUCCACCCGGUUUUGAACGAAAAACGCCAACGCUGCCCGACGAUGUUAGAGCAAGCAGCCCUCCCGUGGUCGGCUGCAAAAUGUUAGGGUGUGACAUUCCGCCACCCUUUCCCAACCUCCUUCCCCACAGACCCCCACUGCUGGUAUUCCCCCCAACGCCAGUGCAGUGCUCCCCUGCCUCCGAUGAGUCCCCACUCACACCGCUUGAGGUGAAGAGGAUACCAGUGCUGGAGACCAACCUGACUUACCCCAUGCCAGCCGAUGAAAUAUCGCCCACAUCGCCACAGUUUCCAAGCCAUCAAAUGGGUGAAGAUGGGCCGCCAGCAUCUCCUGACCUGGGUGUGUUCAGUGUAUCAGGAAAGAUGUCAUCGCCCCCAAUCACUCCUUCUCUCCCACUAAUUCCAACUCCACCCUAUAAGCCUACUUCACACUUUAUUUUCCCACCGGACAUUCCCACAUCUUGUUUUGGAAGUUCAGGAAAAUUAUCGUCAAACGCGGAUGUUCCCAAAUUAUCACAGAAACCCAAUCCAUUGCCGGGAAGAGCUUCACCUACAAACUCUAUGAGAUUACCCUCCUCACCAGUAAAAAGUUGCUGGACAGAAACUGGGAAGAACCUCUCCUCCUCCACGGGGAACGUAUCACUACUCUCCCACUCGUCCACUGUUUCCAGACCUAUCACCAGCCCACUGGACGAGUUAAGCAAUCUUUUCAGCUCAGGACGAAGUCUUCUGCGAAAAUCAGCAACGGGAAGAAAGAUACGGGAGCAAAGCGGUGUGUGCGGUGAAAGGAACUGUAGCCCGUCUAACAGAGAAGAAACCUGUGGACCAAGAGAUAUAUCAGAGAUGCAAGAUAACAAUGCGAACAACCCUGUGACCAGGCUGUCUCCUGCAAUGACAGCAGCUCCAUCUGUUGAGAAUGAGAAUCAACUCCUGAAUGGUAAUUUGUAUUUCACGUAUCAGUGAGCUGUUACAACUGUGCAUGUAGCGAAUAUCUGUCAAAUGAAGCCAUGGUCCAAAAAGAAACGAUUGGCAGACUGUUUUUCCACAAGAUCUGAAGAACCACAAAAGCAUUGAGCAAUACCAUAUCUCGGAGCAGCUAGAAAAAAGCCACAUUCUACCCAAAACACUUGAGUGGGAACUCAGGACACAUGAAUUUCUAGUUAUCGGGAUUCCUCCAUAUAAUAAGUGGUAAAUCACAGAAUGAUCGGGACCAUGCUGCAAGAUUUUAACUGUUUGCUUAUUUAAAACAAUUGACAACUGACUUCUUUCAAACUUUUCAAGAAUUAAAUUUUUUGCAUUAUGUGAACAAGGACAAUAAAGGCUGUUGAAUGCCCUUCUAAAAAUGGAGAUUCUGUACAUUAUAAAGCAUAAACCCUGUUUACAGUCAAAUGUAUUCAUCUUAAUAGAUAGGAUCGUGUUCACUCAAUGCUCUUCAUUUGAAAAUCUUCAUUGAAAAUAAUAUGUCAGGCAAUAGAUUUUAUAUCUGAACUGAACUGCCAUCAUUGUAUUUUCAAAUGACAAGAGUUGAUAUAAAAAAUAACUUGAAAAUUGUAAAUGAUUAAAUUCUGUGGAAAAUAUAAUGACACAAUAUGCUUGCAAGUUCAGUCGGGACAUGUAGAAUUUGAAAAGUUCUGAUCUGAUUUCGCAAGCUUUGGUACAACUUUAAAAUGCUCAAAUGGUAUCAUCUUAGGAGUAACAGAAGGAAAUGCUACUCGAUAAUAAUGUUCAUCCCAGUUUACAGUAGUAUUUAUUUCAGG